UACAGUUUGCGUAUGAUGUCAUUGUCGACUUUAAAACAAUGUCAGUUAUUUGCUUAAUAUUAAUACUUUGUUUUAGUGAUACAGGGAAUAGUUUAAAAGGCAAUAACAGUACAAUAUGUGAGUACGGAGAAAGGAACAUAGAGUAUUGUUGUUCGGACUAUGAAGACAUAAAUGGUACAUGUACAAAGUGCAAAAUUGGUUUUAUAUCAAUUAGUGGAAAACCGUGUUUCCAUUGUCCGAACAACAGAUUUGGAAACAGGUGUUUGGCCCGUUGCAACUGUACUGAGAUUGAAGAACGGUGUGAUCAUGUGAAAGGGUGCGUUCCAAAGUUUGAAGUUAGCGGAGAUGUCAAUUAUACAACGAGAUCAGAGGUGGAAACAAUGACGGGUAACAACUUCGCUUACUUAUUUGUUGGUUGGGCAUUUUUAAGUACAUCUAACAUGAUAUGA